AUGAGCGCCUCGGGGGAAUACAGCGAGCUGGGCAAACACCCGAUCCAUAUCUCCGUCGCCGGCCCCCUCCUCCCUCUCAUCAUCCAACAAGGCCCGCACCCCAGCGCCGACCCGGCCGAGAUACAUUGGCUAGCCAAGUCCCAGCGCGCGCCUGCAUACCUGGACUUGCUGUACGAUCUUGCGAUCGCCGCUGUGCUCAGCGUAUUCGGGGACAAGCACCAGAUUAUGAACGCCAGCAGCGUGUUGGCGUAUUUCAGCCAUUUUAUUAUCAUCUGGUGGGUAUGGGCUUCCCAAUGCCUCUACGACGCGCGAUAUCAGUCCAACGACUGGUUCCACAGGCUAUUCAAGCUGCUCCAACUGGCAGUGUUCACCUACGUUGGCGUCUUCGUACAAGAUUUUGACCCGGGAUACGUCGUCCGCCCGGAAGACGUGACGGUGCUUAGCGCAGUUGCUGCUGUCGGAGGGAGCAGGAGCUACAGGGGUGUCGCGUUAGCGUACGCGGUUUCGAGGCUGUUGUUGGCGUUUCAGCAUGUAUAUGUUCUUUGCGCGACGCAGCCUCGCGCACGACGUAGCCAGCUUCUUUCUUUCCUCAUUCCGCUUUGUACCUGCCUCUUCUCAGCCCCAUUCUGGCUCAUCGCCGGCCUUCUCAAGUCCAACGCCACGGCAAAGCUUGUCCUAGGCUACCUGGGCCUAGGCAUCGAGGUCAUCAUCUCGCUCGGUGUCGGCCAUCUGAGGAAAGGGAUCGCCCCGGCUUCUGGACUGCUUGCGGAGAGAUUCGCAGACUUAACUUUGGUCAUCUUAGCUGAGGGCGUGCUGGGUAUCGUUAAGACUCUGGCGGAUGUCGUUUCCGGAUUCGGGCUGACUGCGGGAGGGAGCACGUUGACAGCCUACUCUGAAUGUCUGUGCUGCCUCGUGAUCGUAUUCGGUAUCUGGCACUUUAUCUUCCACGCCUUCAACCCCGAGGACCGAUUCAAAUCCCGCCGCUUCGCAGGCGCAUGGGCGUUUCUCCACCUCCCGUUGCACUUUGUCAUCCUCAUCGUUCUCUCAUCCAUGAAGAAUGUAGUGGUAUACGAGAACGUCGGCGGGGCGAUGUACUUCCUCGUGCCGAUGUUCAACCAGGCGCUGAACAAUACCGGCGAAACGAACAAUUAUGCGCUGUUUGACGCCUUGCUGCCACCUGAGGAUAUCCUCCAGUUCAACAAGCUCAGUCUCCAACCCAGCUUUAUGCAUGAGAUCAACCACCUGAAUAGCGAGGUGCUGAUCUUGAGCGAUAGCACUACUGACCUCCCAGAGAAUGACCCGUACAUCGAGGCGCUUCAGUAUGCUGCGCAGAUAUGCAUGGAGGUUGCCAGCAGCUACGACAUCCAAUUCACCGAACUGACAACUGAGGCUUAUGCGAACUUAUCUGAUGUAUCGCGCGCUUGGAAUACGAACGAGACGCAGCUGAGCGACCAGGAAAACUACAUGGACGAAUGGUGGAAUUACUUUUUCUACGUAUACUUCAACGACCUCAUGACACCGUCGUUAUACUUCAUGCCAUGUGCAGGCGCACUAGUGAUCUUAGCCGAGAUCCUGACUGUCUUUCGUACGCAAGGAUCGGAAGAGGAGGCUCCAACGCCAGAUCAGAUCUACGGUUCAGACGACGUGAAGUCCGCCGAAGACUAUCCUAUGAAGCUCUUCCAUUCGGCGAGCUUCGACUCGGCAUUCUCAGCUGUGGACCGGGUGAAGAAGUUCUUCGGCAUCCCUAUAUACAUACUCGAAUGGGCACCUUUGGUGCUGCAUCUACUUGUGGGCAUUGGACUCGUCAUCAGCGCUAUCCUCGAUAGAGCGCCGUCCCCUGAUGAUCCAAAUUUGGCAUUCGAAGUACUCGAGGCGGGAUGGACGCUACCUAUUGUUGCCCUCGCGUAUGGCAGCUUAAUUGUGACGGAUAUUGGAAUCCUAGUCCUUAUACGCGUGGCACUGGGUGGAACCGUUCUGCAGUCUCUUGCUGGACAUCGCAAGAACAUCCUGGACAGUACUGUUGUGACAGAGUCUCCAGCGGCGCAGCAAACAGAAUUCGCGCCUCCGAAGCGGCGAAGCUUCUUGCCUGCCCUACGUCCAACAUCCAAGCUUGAUAUUCCUCAACUGUCGGCAGAGGGCCCCAAGACGCCCUUACUCAGCCCAAGCGGGCAAGAGUCUCACAAAGAAGAUGACGAGGAAAGAGGGCGUCCGGCAUCUCCUCGUUCUCUAGCCGAGUCAGCGCAUGGCCCCCUCGUACGCAGCGGGGCGGAUGAGUUUCGACUGUUGUACGACGGGGUCGUGCCCAGCCCGGAUAGAUAGAAUCGCUUCAUCCUGCGGCACGUGGAAGGGUAAUC